ACCUGUUGCGCACUGCUCACCUGUCUUAGAAAGAGAAAGAGAGAGAGAGAGCAGGGUGUUUUAUGUAUAGACACACACACACACACACACAGUGCUGCGCAGGUGAACAGGACGACAAGCAUCCACCAGAAUGCCUUCACAUAAACACCACAGCAGCAGUAAGCAUAAUCCUCUCCAGGUGUCCCAGCACACGUUCUCGCACUACCACAAGGAUGAAAUGCUCCACUUCUACCGCUGGACGUCGCCACCCGGCGUCAUGAAGAUCCUGAGCAUCAUUAUCAUCAUCAUGUGUGUGGCGAUUUUUGCGUGUGUGGCAUCCACGCUGGCAUGGGAUUACAACAUGGGGAUGGGCGGCAUGGGCGGCAUUGGCGGCAUGGGCGGCAUGGGCGGCAUGGGCGGCAUUGGCGGCAUGGGCAGCAUGGGCGGCAUGGGUGGCUCCUAUGGAACAGGGUACAACUAUGGGUCAGGCAUGUACGGAAGCAACAUCGCAGGCGGGUCGUAUGGGAACAGCUACUACAUGGACCCUGUGUCGGGCAAGGGCUUCAUGAUUGCCAUGGCUGCCAUCACUUUCAUCGCCGUGCUCAUCAUCUUUAUCCUUGUCAUUUCGAGGCAGAACGCAGCCAAGUCCCCCAGGUUCUACUUGGCAAGUAUCAUCAUCUGUGCAAUCCUGGCCUUGUUCAUGCUCAUCGCCAGCGUGGUGUACCUGGUGGCCGUCAACCCCAUGGCACAGGGCAGCGGAUCCAUGAUGUACAACAUGAUGUGGCAGAUAUGUGCCCAGUACCAGAAUCAACCAUUGACACAGACAUCUACCCUCUUACUUGGCCAGUACUUGUACCACUAUUGUGUGGUCGACCCUCAGGAGGCUGUUGCUAUUGUUUUGGGGUUCCUGGUGUUCAUAGGGCUCAUUGUUCUGAUGGUGUUUGCCAUUAGAACCCGUUCCCAGAUGAACCAGUAUGGGAGACACCAUGUGCUCUGGGAGGAGCCCCGUAAUUUGAACGACGGCCUUUCUAAUGGCGUCGAAAAAUGGGUGACUGAUGUGUCCGGGGAGCCAGAGACUUUCCUGAAUGAUCACAACGACCAGAUUGGGAAUUAUCUUCACCAAAGCCCAGACGUGACGAAACCGCUCUAUCUGCCUGGGACCCCACCUUCCUGGAGAAGAGGGAGCGAUGCGAGUACCUGAAGAGCAAACUCUCCCACAUCAAGCAGAAGAUCCAGGAAUAUGACAAAGUGAUGGACUGGAAUGACGGCUACAGUUAAAACGUGACCUCAUCAUCAUCUCUGCUGUCUGACAUCGUCACUAACCCAGAGUACUGACAGCGUUAAUGUGUGUGUACUGUGACCCCAGUCACCUGAUCCAGGGUUAAGUCUGAUCUCUGAUGCUUCACUUGCCUGUAAAAUAAACACUAGCACUGUUCAUGAAGUUGUAUAUAGUACUAUAAUCUAAAGGCAGAAUGCUUUUAAGAAGUUUUUUUUUUUGAAGGGGAAAAAAAACGGCUAUUUAAAUUUGAAAUGAAUUUUUAUUACACGCAGCUCGACAGGUGCCAAAAAUCCGUGUCCUUGUUCCGACUGCUGUCCGCACGCAGGCAGCCUCCUGGAGUGGAAAAGCGUAUUUGAACGUGUCCUUGCUCCACUUACACUAAGGAUUUUUAAAUUGUCACAUGUUAAAUGAGGUGAUUUAUAUUAUUUGUAUAUAUAUAUAUUUUUUCUCCAUCAUUUCAUAUGAUCCCCAUCCACCAGGAGAAAACAACUUUUACGCUAACCUUAUACUUUGUGAAGAAAGAGAAAUUCCCUCACGACUACUUUUUUUUUUUCCUUUAAGCGUACGGUCACGGUGAUGGACAUAACUUUGUGUGAAAACCUUUUUUUUUUUCUCACGUUUUAUAACAAGUUCCUCAAAUUCACUCUGGCUUGUUAGAAUGUUUAGGAAAUUUGUGCGAGAUUGUAGUUUUUUUUAAAAAAAAAUGUGAAUUCUUGUAAUUGUGUUUUUGAAAGAUGAUCUAUGCAAUGUGAGACAAUGUUUUAAAUUUUAAAACAUUUUUUAAAGUCAUAGCCAAUUUUACAGUCCUAGCCAAUGUUUCUACAGAAUCCCUGUAUGUACAGUAUGUGCUGCUGGAUGUUAUUGAGUGACGUGGCUUAUUUUAGAUGAGACAAAAUGCACAGGUUUUUUUUUUUCCUCUCCAGCUGUCUGCAUAAUCUGUGAUCUUUGCCAUAAUGUAACAUGUUUGCAUGGAGGUGCUUAGAGAAAUUUUACACUUUUGUAUCAGGAGAGUAAAAAGACAACUUGCGUUAA